CUUGGAGGAAUUUUCUCGAAUGUUUGUAAAUAUUUCAGGUGACAUUUCGUCAUAUUGUGCUGAGAUAUAACAUAACAAGUCAAAUAAUGCACAGAAAGUAUUGGAAAAUUUUGUUUAACUGACAAAGACAUGUUGCACGCCUAACCGCAAAGGAACUGUCAUGGCAUCCAAGUACACAAGACAACAAAACACCUUCUUCGUUCAUCGAGUUUAACCAAAUUUGAUUCUCUUGAAGGGACUUCAGAUAAACCUUUAUAUUUAUAUAUAUGACUAAUAACUUCAACUGAGGAAUCGUUUAAGCAGUACUCUGUGUCUGCAACGUGGUUUUCAACUGGGGAAUUACAACUUUCAUGGCCGAAUCGAGAAAGAACAAAGUGCUUUGUUUACCUUCGAACAUGGACGUAUGAGCCCAUUUCGGGUGUGUUAUAGACCCAUACUUCGUUAUCCUGAAAACGCCUUCUAAGCUGCUGGGAUGAGAUUCAAGGAGUAUUUUACUGACGGAUUGUUGAACAUCGCAAUUCUUCUCAGUUUAUUGAGGACAGAUUUGAAUAAUGUAGUUGAUCACACUUACAGUCAUUAUCCUGAAGUACAAGAGAUUUUAUACGGACAAACUGUUGCAUAUUCGUUAACUGAUUUUAAUAAUUAUAUAGAUUCACUUCAUGGAAGAAUUCAUCCGAAAUCACUAGACAAUAAUAUUGAUCUUAUUAUACAAGAUUUGCGAUCAUUAAGUCGGUUUGGUAACUGGCAUGGAUCAGCAAAUCCGCGAAACAAUGGAGGGAGAGGUAUUUCUGCAUUUCUUGCCAGCAGGUCACCAUUAAUUCAACAAAAUGUUCCUGUCAUUAAUCUAAACAAUCAGCACAAUAAUAAUGAUAAUGAAAAUUCAGAUGAAGGGGUGGUCCAGGAAAAUUUUGACAAUCACCUGACUGGUACAAUACACCAGGAAGAUGAAAUUGAAAGUGAUGUGCAUAAUGAGAUGUCUCUAUAUGAAGACGAGGGGGAAACAGAGGCAGCAUCACCUGAACAACAGACAGAGGAGUUGACAUCUGAGGAUCUGGAUUUGAUAGACGUGCUAUGGAGACAGGACAUAGACUUGGGUGUGGGAAAGGAGGUGUUCGACAUCAACCUCCGCCAGGAGUUGGAAAGAGAACGAGAGGUGGAACUGCAGAAGGAGAGACAGAAACAAAAAGAACGAGAAAUUCUGCAGCACAAGCAGGAGGAACAGAGACUACAACAACAUAGAAGAUGGCUGACAGAGAAUUUUAUGCAAGAUACAGAAACAGGUGAAUGGGUAGCUCUACGAGGAAGAGCAGCAAGCGGACAACCUCCAAUACCAAACAGUCAGCUUCAGAACUUUAUGCCAUACGAGAACAACAUGACUGUGAUGAGCGAGCCUCCACCAUUGGAGGGAGAUUAUCAUAUGCCAGAACAACAAUAUCAGCACACAUCACAAAUGAUGGCCCCUCCUCAAGCUCCGCCCUCUCAGAUGAUGACGGGAUUUGGGCCAGACAUUGCUAACUAUACGGCAACACAACAGAAUCAUGAACAAUAUGCUCCAAUGGGAAGCUUGGAGGAGAGGUGGCAGGAUCUUGUAAAUCUGCUGGAACUGCCAGAAAAUGAUACAAAUAUGAGGCCCCCCAUGGGAAUGGGCCCAGUAAACCAGUCUGUUGUGUCUCCCACGGACAACAGUUCAGUGUUAAUUCAGAAUGCCACCCUACCCGUGGCCCCUCAGCUCAACAAUUCACUGCCAACUCCAUACCCGAACACUUCCAUUCCUCAGCAGCAAAUGAAUAAUUUCACGUCAACUAGUUCUAGUGAGGGCUGUCCUACCCCACUCGACUGGGAGCGAAAUGACUUGUUCUACAAUAACGGUAGUGGUGGUGAGAACCAGUCUGACCCUAUAGUAGAGAUGGAGAGUAUUCUGCCAGACAUCAUCCCCGAGGACGGACUAGAGGAUUACAACCUCACAGAGAUGGCUCUUAAUGAUGGUUUACGAUCCAUGAGAAUGUUGGAUGACAACAGCAGUGAAUCAGGAGUGUCACAGGAGAGCUCUGAUCUGGACCAGUUCAGUGAGACAGCCCUGUCACCAUUUGAUGGUCUGGAAGGUGCCACAGGCGGCCAUGAAUACAGUGGUGGAUCUCCAAGCUUCAACAAAGCCAGCAGUUUCGAGAGUAACAAUUACAGCAAGUUUAACAACGGGGGAAGUGGCUACAACAACGAUGGAGAUAGCUACAAUAGCGGUGGUGAUAGUUACAACAGUGGUGGUGAUAGUUAUAGCUCCGGUGGUAGUUCUAAUGGUGAUAGUGCUCACAGCUCAUCAAAUGAUACAGACUUCAACUUCGCACCAACGAAAACAAACCACAUCGGUCACAAUCACUCCUAUCCACUACAACCCGGUCAGGCUCCACGCGAGUACAAGAAAUACUGCACUUCUGCAAAGAAAGAACCUCGCCACAAAGGCCCUCAGUGUAAAGAUUCAAAACGGAUACAGGAACUUCAAGUGCCGUUAACAGUGGAAGAAAUUGUGGAUGUUCCCGUUGAAGAGUUCAAUGAACUUCUUACACAAUACAAACUAACAGAACCACAAUUACAGUUAAUACGAGACAUUAGGAGACGAGGGAAAAACAAGGUAGCGGCUCAGAAUUGUCGGAAACGGAAGUUAGAUGUUAUUAUAAAUCUCGAGGAUGACAUGACAUCUCUAAAAGUCACUCGAGAUCGCCUGCUACAAGAGCGGCAUGCUAUUGACAAGCAGACACGUGAAAUGAAGGACAAAUUCAGCUCUCUAUAUAGGGAGAUUUUCCAGUCUCUAAGGGAUGAACAUGGUCGUCCAUAUGACCCUCAUCUCUUCUCACUGCAGCAGUCAAGUGAUGGCAAUGUGUUCCUCGUCCCUCGUAAUGUCACUGCAGAUGAGCAACAGGCCAAGAACAAGAAGAAGAAAAGUGAGAAAAAGUGAAUGUACUCUUUAAGAGUUAAAGCAGCAAUUUGCCCCAAAGGGUCUCUGACCUCUGAUGAUAGUGCUACAGCCUAAAUAUCUGCAUUUCAGAGGCAUUUCACUCAAAACUUUUGGUCCCAUUAACUUUAUCAUUACAUUUCAUGAUUCAGCAUGUAAAGAAUCUGGAUAUAAAAAGAAGCAAUAUGAGGGGGUGUACAUUUGUCUAUGAAUUACAUGAUAAUAUGUAUCUUAGGGACUGAUGACAUGGUUAAAUCAAACAUUUGUAAAGAAAUAGUUCUAACUAGUCUACAAGUUUGGUAAAAGUCUGACAUUACAGAAAUAUUAAUUGGACAAAACUGUGUGCAGAACUUUUAUAAGUCUACAGGGUAUUUUAUAUUCAUUAAUUCCCCCUAUGAAUCAUAAUAGACUUCCUUAUCAAACAAUGCGGUACCUAAGAUUUUUUAAGAGGUUUGUGUAGAAUCUUUGGAUUUGGGAAGAAAAAAAUUUGACUGGAAUUCUAGCUUGCUUUGUGAAUUGUGAUAGAGGUGCUUUAUUUAUGGAUUUCAAAUCCAAGUUAAUAGUAGGAAUUUAUACACGGAAGGUGGAUUAUCAUUAAAAUGAUAAAUAAUUUCAGGUUCGUGUUAUAAGGAAUUCUUCUGUAAUUCAUGAUUCUGGAUGUUAGAUCAAAUUUGGAAUCCAGUGCUGUUAAACUAAUAUUGAUGAAUUUUAUUUUUAUUUUUUUUUAGAUCAUCAUAAUGUUAUUCCCCAGCCCUUGUACUUGCGUUGUCAUUAUAUUACUGUUGAUUGUGUCACCUAUAUAAUGUAAAGUAUAUCUCUCUAAUGGUAUAUACUAUAAUGAUACCUGAUGCAGCAAAAUGGUUCUGACACAACAAUGAUAAACUAUUUGGUGAAACCAAACUCAACAAUGGUUGUCAGUAAAUAUAGAAAGAUCUUAACCUGCUUUAGUUAACAAGGGAGGGAUAUCUUAACUAGCUAGAGUUAAUGGUAUGGGGAGAUCUAAUCUCUAGGGUUAACAGUAUAGGGAGAUCCUAACCUGCUUUGGCUAACGAUUAGGCAAAACUUAACCAGCUAGAGUUAACAGUAUAGGGAGAUCUUAGCCAGCUAGGUUAAACAAUAUAGAGGAAUCUUAACCUGCUGUGAUUAGUGAUUAAGGGAGAUCUUAACAUUUGGUGGUUAACAAUAUAGAGAUAUCCUAACCUGCUUGGGCUAACGAUUAGGCAAAACUUAACCAGAGUUAACAGUAUCAGGAGAUCUUAGCUAGCUAGGGUUAACUAUAUAGGGAGGUUUAACCUGCUGUGGUUAACAAUAAAGGGGAGAUCUUAACCUGCUGUGGUUAACAGUAUAGGAGGAUCUUAACCUGCUAUGGUUAACAGUAUGGAGGGAUCUUAACCUGCUGUGGUUAACAGUCUGGGAAGAUCUUAACCUGCUGUGGUUAACAGUAUAGGGAGAUCUUAACCUGCUGUUGUUAACAGUAUAGGGGGAUCUUAACCUGCUGUGGUUAACAGUAUAGAGCUAGCUUAACCUGCUGUGGUUCUAGGAGGAUCUAGCUAGGGUUAACAACAGUGAGGCGGUGUCUUGAGAAUCUAUAAAUAUUUGUGGUUAGCAUCAUUCCAUAUCAUUGUCUUUCAUUGUUUAAAAUAUUGUAGUUAUUACUUGUUCAUGUUUGGUAGAUAUCAUACAUAUAAGUUUUUGUAGCUCUUUUGUAUUUUUUGUGUGUUUGUGGUUAUGAAAAAAAAAAGUUUUGACUGUGUUUUGUUGUUUUGAAUAAAAGUGCUGUUAUUUGUGUGAAGAAAAAUAUGAUGAAGGAAAGAGUCUGAGAAAUUGGAGAUGCAAAUGUUUUGGAGUGUAAAGAGAGAGGAUGUAAGAAGAUUUGUAAACAUUUGAGUACCAUCAAGUAAAUAAUGAAAACACUUGAGGUCUGGGUAGUUUGAUAUUUACUAUCAACACAUUUGAAUAUUCUCUAUGUUUUUUAUAGAAUUGCAAAUGAACAUUAAAUUUUCAUUACAGGUAUUUAAAUUAGAAAUCAAUUUUAUUUUAAAAAAGAAUUUUCUGCUUGUUUAUGUUAAGAAAAAAAUGUUUUCAAAAUCCAGAUCAUCAAGAUGGUUUUGUAUGCUAAUGCUUUGUUAUUGCAGUGUUGCUACCAGUUUUAUCUGAUUAAACCUCCUACAGGUUUUCAUGGCUAAAGCUGGUAUCCCAUUGCAGAUUUCAUAGAGAUGUUGUUACUAUUGACAGUCAGAUCUGCCUGAGCAUUUCAUUUUAUCACAGAAAACAUAUACAGUCGCCUUGUCCUUCAUACAGAAUAACCAUGUAUCUGAUAUAUAUAGAUUAUCCAUAGUGACCAUUUACCAAUAGUGUGCAUAUUAUAUCUAUCUUUUUAAUAGAAUUACUAGUACACUCAUUUGAUCAGCUUUGUCAUAAUAACAUUUUAUCAUUUUUGAAAAUAACUACAGCUGACAUCAUAUGAAGAAAUAUGUUGAACAAUUUGUUAAAGAAUUUUGUUAUAAAUUUUGUUGAGUUAUAUUUAAAAUCUGUUUAUGAUUGAAUAUGUGUUUGAGUCCUUUGCUAAGUAUUUCACCUAUGUGCCUGUAACUGCUCCAAAAAACAAUCUUGAGGAGAAGAUUGUUGGAUACAGCCAACAAAAAUUUAUGUCACCACCAUUCUAAUCUUUGAAACCUCUCAGAAAGGAAAUCAAGAAUUACAAUUGUUACUGCAGAUACUAUCAUAGUCUUCUAGCUGUACGUAAUUGACGUUUGUGACAAGGUGAAUGCCAACAGUACAACAUGUAUUGGCCUGCCAUAUGCUAUCACUAUAACAGGAUAAGUGUCUCCAGUUAAGAACAAUGAUAAACUCUUAUAAGAAAUCCUUUACAAGAAAAUAUUUCCAUUUAUAUGAAAGUUCAGGAGUAUGAGCCAUUCACCAUAUAAAGUGACAGUUGUUGCCAGAUAGGAGCCAAAGCUGACAUGUUUACUUCUACAAAGAAAAUCAUGAAAUGAUAUGAAGAUCGAAGCCAUGUUCCAAAUUGAUUGCUUUUCUGUCGGUUUUGAAAUAGAUGAUCACUGUAAUUUGUGGGUGGCAGAUUACCUGUGUGUUCUUGAGUUGAGAACUAAUUAUGAUAAUUUGUAAUCUAAUUUAAUUUGGUUUAAUCUUUGGCUAAUUGGAUUUGUACACAUUAGGGAUUAUAGUGUGGAGGCUUGAUAACAUCAGCUGUUACGUCAGGCACGAUUAAUAUUAGACAUAGGAUUAAUAUUAGGAACACGCGUAUGGUCAUUGUCAGCCACUAGCCAAAGUAAGGCUAGCUAACUCAGAACACAAUGGUAGGUAUUGGGUGUCAAUGUUCACCUGUGUAUUGUUUCAGAUUCAAGCAUGCGUGUGUACAUGGAAGUAGAUAAUGGCUGCAGGUCUCCGAUAUUCAUAUCAUGUUGUUAAAAACAAAGGCUCUUCAGAGUCUUGGACAAAUGAUUGAAUAAAGAUAAAUUGGGAUUCUUUUUUUCAUUUAUAAUAAUCUUUGGUACUGUGCGAGCUUUUAUUGUCAAAAUCUAGCAAACAGCCGUCCAUUGUCAGGAGACCAGGAGGCAAUCUAUGUUAAUACUGUAAACCAUUCGCCCAGUUCAAUGUCAGAUGACACCCGUACUGUUGGCCCAUAGAUUGUUCAUGUAUUCAGAUGGCCAUAAUCUUACUUUGUUUAAAUCUUUUGCAGAGCAAUCAACUUUCAGUAAUUAAUCAAACAUCAGUAAUAACGAUGUUUUCAUUGUUAAAUAAAGUAUGCCCAGUAUUGCCUUUCUUUAUGUUUUUGGCGAUUUAUGUAUAGAAAAAGGAUUCUUCAAUACAGAUUCAGACAUUAAUGAUACUGAUAGAAUGAAAACAGAUAGUGGGAAUGAUCUGGUUGAUUUGAUAGAAUUGGGAGUUAAAAGAUUUGUUUUAGUAAAACUCUUGGCACAGGAAAAGUUUCUCACUGAAAUGCAAUUUAGCAAAGGCAGACUUGAUUUGUACCAUAUUUUGUGAUAUAAAGUGCUAUUUUUCCACAGAAAUAUGGUGUUGCAUGAUGUAUGAUGUAUUUCAUGUACAGUAAUGAUGUUCCAUUUCAUUGCCUAAUGAAUUUAUUGUAUAUCAAACAUUGUGAAAAAAUGUUUUGAAAAAAUAGAAAUACACAGGUUUAUAUAAAAA